AUGGAUAUUUCUUUCUCCUCUUCUUCAGUCUUUUCCCUACAUUUUUUCUUUCUUUCUUUCUUUCCUUCCUGUCUUUUCUUCUAUUUUUUCUUCCUUUUUUUAUUUUUCUUGCCUUCCUCCUUGAUUUUAUUCUUUAUUUUUAAUUUCAUAUUCUUCUCCCUUCGGCUUUCCGUCCCAAAAACAUCAUUCUUUCUUUUUCUUUCUUUCUUUCUUUCUUUCUUUCUUUCUUUCUUUCUUGUGAUUCCUUCCUUACGUCCACCCUUCCUUCCUUUAAAUAUCCAUCCCUCCUUCCCUUAUUCAUUUAUUCGCGCAACUUUUCUUCUCGUUCUAUCUUUCUUUCUUUCUUUCUUUCUUUCUUUUUCUUUCUUUCUUUCUUCUCAUCCUUCUGAAUUUUAUUCGUUGUCCCUAUUUUUCUUUCUUUUUUCCCUUUUUUUCCUUUUUUCUUUCUUUUUGCUUUCAUUUUCUCUCUUUCCCUUUCACACUUAA